GAAAUGGCCAGAUACAAUUGUUCUAGUAUGACUGAAUUUGUCCUGGAGGGACUAACAGCCCAACCUGAGCUCCAGCUGCCCCUAUUUUUCUUGUUUCUAGUCAUCUAUGGACUCACUGGAGUGGGAAACCUGGGUAUGAUCCUCCUAAUCUCUUUCAGUUCUAACCUCCAAUCUCCCAUGUACUUUUUUCUCAGUAAUUUGUCAUUCUUAGAUCUCUCUUAUUCAUCUGUUGUUACCCCCAAACUGCUGACAAACUUCACGUGGGAGCAAAAUAUCAUCUCCUAUCCUGGAUGCAUGACACAGCUUUUUUUCUUUUGUAUUUUUGCUAUUGCUGAGUGCUAUAUGCUGACUGCUAUGGCCUAUGAUAGAUAUGUAGCUAUCUGCAAACCAUUGCUCUACAGUGUCACCAUGUGGCAAAAGGUGUGCAAUGUACUGGUGGCAGGGGUCUAUAUCAUGGCAACUUUUGGAGCUGUGGCCCAUACUGCCUGUAUGGUCAGGCUUUCCUUCUGUAGGGACAAUGUUAUCCAUCAUUAUUUCUGUGACAUCCUUCCUCUCCUCGAGCUUUCCUGCUCCAGCACCUACCUCAAUAACCUCCUGGUGAUAUUCGUAGGUGGAUUCAAUAUGUUGGCAACAACUGUACCCAUCACCAUCUCUUAUGCCUUCAUACUCACCACCAUUCUUCUAAUACCUUCAUCUAAGGGCAGGUCCAAAACCUUUAGUACAUGUGCUUCUCAUCUUAUGGCUGUUGGGAUCUUCUACGGAUCUAUAAUAUUCAUGUAUUUUAAGCCAGCAUCUAGCAGCAAUAUGGCCCAGGAGAAGAUAGCUUCUGUGUUCUAUACCACAAUAAUCCCUAUGCUGAAUCCCCUGAUCUAUAGUUUGAGGAAUAAGGAUGUAAAAAAGGCAUUGAGCAAAGUCAUGAAGAAGAGGUAUGGCUCACUCCAGAAUUAG